AUGAAGACACGUCAAGUUCCGCUCGGUGCUGUCCUGUGUGUUGUUUUCAUCCAACAAAGUUUGCUUCUAAUGGUAGCGCCCUCAACGCUGACUACUGUUUCGGCGGUAACAACAAACGCGAACGCCGACGACGAUGGUUCGUUGAUGAUCGGAGCGUUCAACAUCCAAGCACUUGGGCUACACAAAAUUAGUAAGGUGGAAAUUGUCGAAGUACUGGUGAAGACUCUGAGGCGAUAUGAUAUGGUGCUGAUUCAGGAGAUACGUGACAGUUCACAGACGGCCAUAGGACGACUUUUGGAUGCCGUCAACUCGGGUCUAAGUGACAAGUACGAAAUGGUGGUGAGUAAAAGACUGGGACGUACCAACAGCAAGGAGCAGUAUGCCUAUUUCUACAAAUCAAGUAAAUUGACUCUGAUUACAAGUUACGUGUACAAUGAUGAGAGGGGCGAUGUGUUUGAGCGGGAACCAUUUAUCGCAUAUUUCGAGUCUCCAACAACAGCUGUGGACAGAUUUGCGAUGAUUGGUAUUCAUACCAAGCCACAACAAUCUCCCGAAGAAAUCAGCCGACUAGUGGAAGUUUACGAUGACUUCGUAAACAGAUAUACACAGAAGAACGUCAUCAUCGGCGGCGAUUUGAAUGCGGGUUGUAGCUACGUGAAUAGGGGUGAGUUCCAAGACUUACUACUGCGUACGGACACACGAUUCAACUGGAUUACUCCCGAUGACUUGGAUACCACAGUGGCAAUUUCAAGUUGCCCAUAUGACCGGUUGGUUAUUGCUGGAGACGAACUCAAUGAAAACAUUGUACCGGGAAGAACGGGUGUUUUUCACUUCGAUGAGAAAUAUGGUUUGAGUCACGUCGAGGCCAAACGCGUAAGUGACCACUACCCCGUCGAAAUGGUAAUACAGGGCAAUCUGACACCUGUGUCGCCAUUAUCACACACCACCUCUGGCACCGUGAGUUGCUCUGGAAGUUUCCGUGCCAUGGUGCGGCUGUGCCUCCUGGUGGUCCAGGAGGAGACCGACCCUUCGGUGUGCAUCGGCCGUCUGGUCGAAUCGCUCAACGGCGAGGGUUCCGGCGUGACGGACCGCUGCACCGAGGACUGGAUCAAACGUUAUCUGGAGUUAUCUUAA